GGCACCCUCCUCGCGUGUCCAUGGCAACGCCCCCAGGAUCCUGCUUUGCCUUGAGGCCGGAGGGAUGCCCGAAUCGGCUUUCUCUUUACUCGAGCCGCUGGCCCACCCGUCUCGGUCUUGCCUGCUCUGACUGGCAGCAGCAGCUGCAGCUCUAUCUCAGUCUUGCUGGCUCUGACUGGUGGCGCAGCAGACGCUCCUCCAUCUCAGUCUUGCCAGUUCUGACUGGCGGCAGUGGCUCUUUCUGUGUCUUGCGGCUCUGACUUGGCGGCAGCAGCAGGUCUUUCUUAUAGGGGCCUUUCCAGCCCUGCCUGGAUUGCACUUGGCGUUUGCUGCAUGCAGAGCAGGAUGUGACCAGCGACGAAAACAGGGAGGAGAGCAACAGCAUGAACUUAAUGGAGUUCUCUGAUGAAAUCCUCUUGCACAUACUGAGAUAUGCUCCGGUCUCAGAUCUUGUCCUCAACGUCCGGAAAGUCUGCAGGAAACUUUCUGCACUCAGCCUUGACAAAAGCCUCACCCAUACGGUCAUCCUGCACAAGGACUAUCAGGUGGACAAAGACAAAGUGAAGCAACUCAUGAGGGCGAUUGGAAAAGAAAUCCACGAGCUGGACAUGGCCGGCUGCUACUGGCUGCCUGGCAGCACCAUUGACCAAGUGAUCUGCUGCAAGAACCUGGUGAGACUCAACCUGUCCGGCUGCCACCUCACCUCCCUCCGCCUCUCCAAGAUGCUGUCCGCCUUGCAGCACCUCCGCUCGCUGGCCAUUGACGUAAGCCCGGGCUUCGAUGCCUCCCACCUGAGCAGCGAGUGCAAAGCCACCCUGAGCCGCGUGCUGGAGCUCCAGCAGACCCUCUACACCCCCUCCUACGGCGUGGUCCCCUGCUGCACCAGCCUGGAGAAGCUGCUCCUGUACUUCGAGAUCCUCGACCGCUCGCGGGAGGGUUUGAUCAUCUCUGGCCAGCUGAUGGUGGGCGAGAGCAACGUGCCCCACUACCAGAAUCUCCGGGUCUUCUACGCUCGGCUGGCUCCCGGCCCCGUCAACCAGGAGGUGGUGAGGCUGUACUUGGCGGUCCUGAGUGACCGGACACCGGAGAAGCUUCACGCCUUCCUCAUCUCCGCCCCCGGCGGCUUUGCGCAGAGCUGUGCGGUCAAAAACCUGUUGGACUCCAUGGCCCGGAACGUGACGCUGGAUGCCUUGCAGCUGCCUCGCUCCUGGAUGAACGGCUCCAGCCUCCUCCAGCACCUGCGGUUCAGCAACCCUUUCUACUUCAGCUUCAGCCGCUGCAGCCUCUCGGGCGGCCAGCUGGUCCAGAGGGUCCUGAACGGCGGCAAGGACCUCCGCAGCUUAAUCGGCUUGAACCUGAGCGGCUGCGUGCACUGCCUGUCCCCGGACUCCUUACUGCGGAAGGCCGAGGAUGAUAUUGACAGCGGCAUCGCAGAAACCCUCGUGGCCUCCUGCUGCAACCUCCGGCACUUGAACCUUUCGGCCGCCCACCAUCACAGCUCCGAGGGCUUGGGCAAGCACCUCUGCCAGCUCCUAGCCCGCCUGACCCGCCUCCUGUCUCUGGCUCUGCCCGUCUGCUCCAUCACCGACGUUCCUGCCGUGACCGCGGACCGACCCUCUGUGCAGCCCGUGGCGAACGCGGCCUCCCAAGGUUUUGGCAAGAAAGUCCGGAUCGGGGUGCAGAAGUACCCGAGGAACUGCCUAGAGCAGGGACACCCCCAGCCGCCGGCCUCUGUGUUCUGGAGACUCCUGGGAAGCCUGCCCUAUCUGGAGAGACUGGAGCUCAUUGGCUCCAGCUUUUCCUCUGCCAUGCCCAGGAACGAGCCGGCCAUUCGGAACUCGCUUCCUCCCUGUAGCCGGGCCCAGCACGUAGGGGACGCGGAAGUGGCCGCCAUCGGCCAGCUGGCCUUUCUGCAGAGCCUCACGCUGGCCCAGCUGCCCAACCUCUUGACAGGCUCCGGGCUCGUCAGCGUCGGGGUCCAGUGCCAACACCUGCGGACUCUCUCGCUGGCCAACCUGGGCAUGAUGGGCAAAGUGAUGUACAUGCCGGCCCUGAUGGACAUGCUGAAGCACUGCAAAUGUUUGCAGGAUCUCAGGCUAGAGCAGCCCUACUUCAAUGCCAACGCCCAGUUCUUCCAGGCCCUGAGCCACUGCGCUUCCCUCCAGCGCCUUUGCAUCAUCUCCCGGAGCGGGACCCUGCAGCCCGAAGCUGUGAUGUCGUUCAUGACCGCUUGCCUGGAGGUCAUCAUGUGCCACAUGUUUAUGGGGGAGUCUCUCUCCAUGUGCAAAACCCUGCAGCAGUCCCUGAUACGGAGUUUCCAGGCCGACCGACCUGCGCUGAACGUCGUCAUUUUCCCCCUCUUGCAUGAGGACUUGAUGGAGGUCAUCCGCGACGUCCCCAUGAUGCACUUGGACGAGAUCACCUUGUUCAAAAGCCGCGUGGCCGAGGGGCCGCCGAACCUGUGGUGGUGAUCGCGACGUCUGGUUGGGCGGGGAAGGAGCAGGAUCCCUGUCCCGAGCGCAUGCAAGUUGCUUCUCAUUGGCUGGGGAUGCCCCAUUCGUGAGCCUUACAGCCGCCUUGCUGAAUGCUGUGCAAUUUCUGGGCCGUUGCCAGACAGACUUGAGUGGACGCCAAGCUGGGCAAGGUUUGCCCUUGAAAAUCCGAUAUUUAUUCAUUUUGAUUUCUUGCCUGCCCUUGACCCCACGGAUCUGACGUAUGUUACAGCUGGAAAAUAUUGGCGCCUUCUGGGUGGUUAUUUCCUUGCUAUUAAUAUAUUAAUUCCUGUGUAACUUUCAGUGUAUGUAAAGUUCAGAAGAAAGAAUGUACCCCCUUGCUUUCCCUCCCUGUGGCCGCUUGUUCUUGGACCCAGUUGGUGUGUGGGGUUUCCCACCCCGGCCUCAGUGACUUGUUUACAUUUACUUUGGAGGUUCCAAGCAAAAUGGGGACAUUUAAACCUUAUUUCAGAGAUUCUCAAACUUGGGUGCCCAGAUGCUGUUGGACCUCAGCUCCCAUAAUCCCCAGCCAUCUGGGCACCCAAGUUUGAGAACCCAUAUUUAUUUUGGGGGUUCAGCUGUGCUCCUCCCACACAGCCAAUUCCCCCCCCACACACACACAACUUGAUCACCUAGUUCUACAGGGACGGUUGCACAACCAAGGUGGUCUUGUGCUGGCACCACCUGUGGAUGACACUAGCCUGCCAUCAUACCCUGCCACCCGUGUUCCCUCUAACAGGGAUUCCCAGAUGUUGUUGACUACAGCCCCCAGAAUCCCCAGCUGCAAUGGCUUGUGCUUUGGGAUUAUGGGAGUUGUAGUCAACAACAUCUGGGAAUCCCUGUUGGAGGGAACUCUGCCAGCCACACUAAUGGCUGGGGAUGAUUGGAUUUGUAGUCCAGCAUCCUCUGGGAACCCUAGGCUGGGUAACCCCUGUGGUGGAGCUUCCACAGGUGUGUGUGUCUGGGGGGGGGACUUCUGGCAUCCUCUUCCCUCGCAUCUUAUACAGCAGGAGUCCUGAGUUAUUCAGGCACAUGGCAGGCUGCGUCUUGUAGUGGGGCGAGGAAUUAAGCUUGGGUUCCCUCCAGGGUUCCCGGGUGUUGUAGACUAUAACUCCCAUCAUCAGGAUGUUGGGGGUUGUAGUGAACAAUAUUUGGGAAUCGCUGUUGGAAAGCAUGCUGCUCCCCUGUAACCGCUCGGUCUAGAAAUCCUUUCCAGAAGCCUGCCCUGCCCGAGCGGUGAUGCUCAGAGUAGUGCCUCCGACUGGCACAAUGUACCUACGUUUUGCUAAAAGUGGUUCGCCAGCUCGGCCGGCAGCCUCUUCAAGCGGGCGCUUCCUGUUUGCGGCGUGACUCUACUUGGCGCUGCUCGUUCACUUGCAGGAUGUCCCGUUUCGUUAUCCGGGAUUUGCCUUUUCUGCCUUGGUCUGGCCUUAGAUGACCCUUUGCUCGCCAUGCCCCUUGGGGCAGAAGGGAGUGAGCAGUGCCAGUGCCACUGUUGCCUCGCAGCAGUUGGCACGCUUUGGGGACAUGGAUUUGGGGGUUCUGGAAAGGAUUCCCAAAAGGGCAUCCUUUGCAAAGGGAUGGGGACGUGGGAAAAGGCGGCCUCUCCUUUUUCUCUUGGUCUGUUAUUUGCUUCUGCUACACUGUGCAUUCUGUGAUGGCUCAGCUUGUAACCGUGCGUGUGUGUUCAAAUGUGGCACUCUGGUAUCUCAAUGUUCGUUGGAUUAACGGUGGACUUACCUGUCAGAUGGUAUAUAAACAUUUCUGUACACACUCUUGCUA